AUGGCACCCAAGAAAGAUAAAGGCGGGACCGUGAGCACCAGUUCUAAGAUAUGGGAACCCUCGCUCAUAGCUGCACAGUUCAAUCAGAACGAUUGGAAAGCCUCCAUUGCUUUUGUGGUUGGGAACCAGAUUGAGGAUGACCUUCUCAUUGAAGCCCUCACCCUCGCUGUACAGGCACCUCAGCGUAAGCUCUUCAGCAUCGUCUCAUGGCAAGACAUUCUCCAGCAGAUCAAUGAAGUAAAUGCGCUUGUCGGAAAUGCUCCAGCUAAAAAGGGGAAAAGAGCUACAAGUGCUAGUGCUCCUUUAUUCUAUGAGGUGUUAAUGGCAGCAAAAACAAUUAUGGAUAAUGGGGAGAAAUUAGCCUUACCACUGAUAGGAAAACUCUUAAAAUUUCAACUGCUCCAGAUUAAAUUCAGAGACCAACUGCGAGGGGACAGCGAAAAGAAGAUAAUGGAAGAUAAACUUAAGCUGGAAAAGGACAAAGGAAAAGCAAAAUCUCCCAAGGAGAAGAAGACCCCAGCUCCCAAGGUUGCUAAAGGAAAGGGAAAGGAUCAGCCUGAGGCCAACACAAUUGUGAAAAAGACCACCCAGUUAAAGCAGAGAGGAGAAGAAGAUGAGACUAAACAUUAUAUUGACGAUGAGCCAGAUGAUGGUGCCCAACAUUACUUUAUAGUUGUGGGCUUCAACAAUCCUCAGCUAUUAGCGAUUAUGACUGAGCUCGGCAUUCCCAUAACCAGCGUGAUUAAAAUAUCUUCGGAGAAUUAUGAACCUCUGCAGACACACCUGGCAGCAGUUAGCCAGCAGCAGGAAGUUUUUCUUCAGCCAGAAGACAUUGAGGCUGAAAUAUUGAAGAAAGAGAAUGACAUAAAAGAACUUGAGACUUUCUGGAAGUACUUGGAACCAAUCCUGAAUAAUGAGAAACCUGAAACAAAUCUCUUUGAUGUUGCUCGACUUGAAUACAUGGUCAAAGCAGCUAACUUUCCUUCUGACUGGUCAGACAACGAGAUGAUGCUGGAAUUGGGCACUGAAAUAUUUGAAAACAUUGCAUGUUUGAUGUAUGACACUCUGGAUUGGAAAAGGCAACACCAACAUUAUUUGGAAAACAUGCAGCUUAUUAAUGUCCCCCAAGUCGUUAAUGAGAAAUCUAUCUUGGAAGUCACACCGAUUCCUGAGGCUGCCCAAUCUGCUGCUCCAGCCCCUGGAAAGAAGAAAGCACAACAUGAAGAACCGCAAGCCCCACCACCAGUGUCUUUUGCCAUCACAACUGAAGUAGACAUGAGAUAUUACAAUGAUUUGCUGAAUCCAGUUCCAGAGGAAUUCAUUUCUGUGCCCCUGAUACUGCAUUGUAUACUAGAACAGGUUGUGGCAACUGAAAAAGAUCUUGCACCUCCAAGUCUGGUGGAGCCACGCCCCAGAGAAGAUGGAUUAGAUCACAGAAUUGCAGCUCACAUCGUGUCCAUUCUGCCCUCACUCUGCCUCUCGGAGAGGGAGAAAAAGAACCUCCAUGAAGUAUUCUUACCUGGGAAAGAGAAUGGCAAAGCAGUGUCCACAGGCCCCCUCCUGGUGAACUAUCAUGAUGUACAUGCCCACAGGAAGUACGCACUGAAGGACCAAAAGAAUUUUGACCCAGUUCAAAUUGAGCAGGAGAUGCAGUCCAAGUUACCACUGUGGGAAUUCCUUCAGUUCCCUCUGCCCCCACCUUGGAACAACACAAAACGUCUAGCCACCAUCCAUGAGCUUAUGCACUUUUGCACAAGUGAAGUCUUGAGCUGGAACGAAGUAGAACGGGCCUUCAAGGUGUUUACUUUUGAGAGCCUGAAGCUCUCUGAGGUUGAUGAAGCAGGGAAACUAAAGCCUUCUGGGAUGAUGUAUGGCACAGAUCCUGAGAUGUUCAACAUACCAUGGGACAACCCCGCCAGGUUUGCUAAACAGAUAAGGCAGCAGUACAUCAUGAAAAUGAACAUCCAAGAAGCCCAACAACAAACAGAUAUUGAAAUCAAAGACAGAAUAAUAUUUAUGAAUCAGAAUUGGUCAAUGUAUGUACAACAAGAUGAGAAUAAUAGAGACCCUACAGAUCCUACUCAGCCUGAUACUGAUAGUAUGAAGUAUUAUGACUUCAAUAAUAUGAAAUCCUUAGACUCUGAAAAUAGAGAACUAUCAGAUCAGGAGACCAGCAUGAAGCCCCCUCCCCAACGUGAAUCUGUGGAGCAGACCAUGAACAAUGAGAUCAAAGAUGAAGCAGUCACAACGGCUGAUUCUCUUGAAAAGAAACCCAAGAAGCUGAUGGUGGAAGCAGAUUUAGAGGACAUAAGGAAAACGCAGCAGCGCAGUCUAAUGGACUGGAGUUUCACGGAACAUUUUAAACCAAAAGUACUGCUCCAGGUUCUUCAAGAAGCCCAUCAACAAUAUAAAUGUGUUGAUUCUUAUUACCACACCCAAGACAACACUUUACUUUUAGUAUUUCAUAAUCCAAUGAAUGCACAACGCCUGCAUUGUGAAUAUUGGAAUGUUAUUCUUCACUCCAAUGUUGGAUUCAGGAAUUAUUUGGAACUUGUUGCAAAAUCUAUUCAAGAGUGGGUCACAGAACAAGAAGCUAUAUACCAGGAAUCUAAAAUGGCUGAUGAAAUCACUAGGACCAAGGCUGAGUUGGAAUUGAAAAGUUCGACUAGCACCAAAAUCUUUGCUCUCCCCAGCAAAAUUUUUAGCCUUAAAAAAUCCAAAAGUAAUAAAGGAAUCAGCAAAACAGAAAUAUCAGAUCAAGAAAAAGAAAAGGAAAAGGAAAGAGAGAAGGAAAAGAAUCCUUUCAUUUUAGAAGGCUCUCUUAAGGCAUGGAAAGAAGAACAGGAGCGCUUAGCAGAAGAGGAACGCAUGAAGGAAGAGAAGAAGGCAGAAAAGAAGAAUAAAGACAUUGGUAAAAAGCAAGGCAAGGAAAAAGUUGAGAGAGAAGAUAGUAGGGCUUUGAAGAAAAAAUAUUCUUUCAAGGAUAAAGUCAAAGAGGUCCCAGAAGUCACAGAGGAGCCUGUCCAGCAACCAGAGCCUGAGAAAGUUUACGCGUUUCAAGGAUACAAUAUGGGAGAAAAACCUGUCCAAAUCUCAGGGACAAAUUACUACCUGUAUCCUUCUGAUGGAGGGCAGAUUGAAGUAGAAAAGACAGCAUUUGUAAAAGGCUCAACUUUUAUCAAAGCGAAAGUGAAAAAGGACAAGCACAGUUUUAUAAUUCAUUUAAAAGACCCUAGGGAAAUUGUGAAAAAGGAGGAAAAGGAUUAUCCUUCAGAAGAGAAGAAUGAAGAAGAAGAAGUGGAAGAAGAAGAAGAAGAAGAAGAAGAAGAAACGGAAGAAGAGAAACAACAAAAUCUUAAAACAAAAGUUUUACAUGCAAAAAAUACACCUGUCAGCAAAUUUGGAUCUUUCUCUGCCACUUUAGAGAAUGGAAUCUGCCUCUCAAUAAGCUACUACGGAGCCAGUGGGAUGGCGCCAGAGGACAAGGAUCCUAAUUUGGAAACAAUGUUGAAUAUCCCUUCAAUACAUAUUCCAACAGUAAUUCCUGUUACAGUAACUGUUCCUCAAGGCAAAGCAAAGGGGAAAAUAAAAGGCAAAGAAAAACCCAAAGACUCUCUUAAAGAAGAGGAACACCCAAAAGAAGAGGAGAAAAAGGAAGAAGUAGAACAAGAAACAGUUUUACCGGAGAGUACCUAUGUUCCCACCUUCCAAAACCUAAAUGUGUCUUGCCCCAAUGGGCUCCUGUUGACCUUCAUUGGGCAGGAGUUUACAGGUCAACAUGUUGUGGAUGAGGAGCCCACCUGGGAAAUCAUGGUGCGUCAGAGCUACCCCCAGAGGGUGAAGCACUAUGAGUUCUAUAAAACGGCGAUGCUACCCAUGGUGCAGGAGGCAUCGAGGGUCAUCACCUGUCAAGGCACAGUCAUCAAGUAUAUGUUGGAUGGAUCCACGCAGAUUCUCUUUGCAGACGGCGCUGUGAGCAGUAGUCCCAAUUCCGGCCCUGUUCAUCCUCCUCCGGAAAUGUCACCGAGCCCUCAUGAUGGAGAUUUAAUCGACUCAGCUUCUCAGCAAAAAUCAGAAACAGCUCCAUCUGAGAUUGCCAUCACAAAGAAAGGAAAAGGUCACAAAAAUCAGUCAAUGGGACAUAAGAAUGAAAUCCACGAACCACCACCAGAGAUCAUUCAAACAGCAACUCCUGUGGAGGUUCACAUAGGCACCUGGUUUACAACCACACCCCAUGGAAAUCGGAUUGGCACCAAAGGAAAAGAAAGAAUAGCAGACUUGGCCCCGUUUUUAUCCUUUCAAGUUACAGAUCCUGUCAGUGGAACGGUUAUGACCACCCGAGAAGACAAAGUAGUUAUCGUUGAGAAGAAAGAUGGGACUCGGAUAGUGGAUCAUGCUGAUGGGACCAGGAUCACAACCUUCUAUCAAGUUUAUGAAGAUCAUGUAAUUCCUCCAGAUGACCAAGAAACAACCGAAGAUCCUCAGACAGUCACCAGACAGGUGAAGUGUAUGCGGAUCGAAAGCUCACACUACGCCACCGUCAUCACCAACUGUGAGGACAGCAGCUGCUGCGUCACCUUUGGGGACGGAACGUCUAUUAUCGCAAAGCCACAGGGAACGUACCAGGUACUACCUACAAAUGCAGGCUGUCUUUAUAUCGACAGGGACUGUUCAGCCACAUACUGCCACGAGUCAGGCAAUGACGUGUACCAUCCUUUCCAAAAGCGUGAGCAUCUGCGAGCCAGCAGGUACAUCAUGAAGCACACAUCAGAAGUUAUCUGUGAGGUCCUCGACCCGGAGGGGAACACCUUUCAGGUCAUGGCCGAUGGUACCGCAUCAACAAGCUUAUCUGAAAAAAAACCGGAAGACGACUCAAAUGUGAAAAUGGAAGGCUAUGAUAGUUUAACAUCUGCCCACCUUCAAAAGAAUUAUCUACAAAUCUAUGGUGAACAUGUUCCCAGGUUUUUUGUUAUCUAUGCUGAUGGAUCAGGGAUGGAACUUCUUCGUGACAGUGACAUAGAAGAAUACUUAUCCCUGGCCUAUGGAGAAUCGAAUACUGUUGUUCUGCAGGAGCGGGUACAUGAACAGCCAGGUGCCCUGAGUAUCACAGUCCUUCGCCCUUUCUAUGAAGCAUCACCAUGGCUGAUGAAGAAAGAAUUAGAUACAAUUGUUCCUCCUAAUCUCCAGUCAAGGUCUUGGGAGACAUUUCCUGCAGUUGAGAAAAAAACUCCAGGACCUCCAUUUGGCACUCACAUUUGGAAGGGCCUUAACAUUGGAUGCAAACAACUAAUGUGUGCCCCAGCCCCUAUCCUCAAAGGACCCAAUGUGCUACAGAUACGUCAGUUCACCCAGCAUGAGGUUAUAAAGCCUGAAGUGAAACUGGAGCUUCAGAUUUCCCUUAAGGAAUAUAUAAACCACAUCCUAAAGAAAGAAGAUGAGCUACAGGAAAUGGCAGUUAAAGACUCCAGAAUGGAGGAGGAAAGAGGCAACGCUGCAGAUCUCCUCAAGUUAGUUAUGUCUUUCCCCAAAAUGGAAGAAACUACAGAAAGUCAUGCUAAUGAAGUUGCAGCCCACCUAACAGAUUUAUUCAAGCAAUGUUUGGCUGCUACUCCAGAAUUUCCAGCAGAAACAUUUGGGAAAGAUUUCUUUGAGAAGAAAUGGAGGUACACAGAAGCAGCAAAGCACUGGAAAGAAAAGAUAGACCAAAAGAGGCAAGAAAUUGAGAAAACACAGAAUUAUCUAACAGAAAUUAAGAGCCUACAAGCACCACCCUAUUUCAAGUCUGAAUUAAAUGAAUUUUAUCAGUCUCAGUGUGAUUACCUGGAUAACCUUUCCAAAAAGCUGCCUCCUUUUACAAAGAAAGAUGAAGAUGAAAACAAUACAGCCGUUGAAGAUACCACAGAUUCUCAGCCAGAUACCAGUCCACAUCCGGCUUCAGAACAAGAAUCCUCAAAUACGCCUACUCUUCCAAAGCCAGAGAUUUCUGUGGAUAUCCAGGAGGCUGCUAAUGAGAGCCAAACUGAAAUUUUAACAAAAUCUGCCGAAGAACAAGAAUCUUAUGCGCCUGUGAAAAUCCCAACCCAGUCAUUGCUACAGGACGUCACGGGACAAGCCAGGAAAGAACAAGUGAGGCUACCUCAUUAUUUGCAGAGUUCCAAGCCCAGGUCUCAACCCCUGGAAAAGGUACAAGAUUCUGUUGGAGGAAAAGUGAACACAUCUUCUGUUGCGGCGGCUGCCAUCAAUAAUGCAAAGUCAACCCCCUUUGGGUUCCAUCUUCUCCCAUCAUCAGUGAAGUUCGGGGUGCUUAAAGAAGGAAACACCUAUGCCACCACCGUAAAGCUCAAGAACGUGGGUGUGGACUUCUGCAGGUUUAAAGUGAAGCAGCCCCCACCCAGCACUGGGCUGAAAGUGACUUACAAACCUGGGCCUGUGGCAGCUGGUUUGCAGACAGAACUGAAGGUGGAGUUAUUUGCCAUGGUUGCUGGAGAGGACGGCACCAAGGGCUCAACACACAUCUCUCACAAUAUUGAGAUCAUGACUGAGCAUGAUGUUCUGUUCUUACCUGUGGAGGCAACAGUAUUAACAAGCAGCAAUUACAAUAAGCGACCAAAAGAUUUUCCUCAGGGAAAAGAAAAUCCCAUGGUCCACAGGACUUGUACGGUUUCUUCCUCUACACUUGGAGUCUUAAUGUCUCGUAAAGUUUCUCCACAUUAG